AGACCAUGCAACACUUUUUCACCCCUGCCCCGCCUGCACCUAAUUAAUUUGUUUAGAAAUUGAAAUCCUGAAAAGUAUGUCUAUCCCUUAUAGCGGAACCUUUAGAAGGUCCGGGGGAGUAGUUUCAGCCAUCGGAAAACAACUCCGAGCCGUAAAUCUUAAAGCAGCUAAAAGAAUAACAGUGAAAUUUGAUCCGUUUAGUGAUAACGUUUCCCACACUAGGAAUUUCGUUCAUUACAUUAGUGCACCAAAAAUAGCACUAACGAACCCUAAUUGUGUACUGAAAACUGAAAUAGUCUGUGACAGACGGGAACCCACCGUUGACAUUACAUUAUUACCAGCUAUUGCAGAAAAGGCAAAGGUUGACAAUAUUACUCUUAAAUCUGCAAACCUUACUUGCUUGGAGAUAUUACAAUUAUUGAACAAAUACGUAUCUGCAUUAGCACCUCCUGAACAAGUUGCUACAAUAACAAAGUUGGACAAAAAGAAAGGCAAAAAGAAGUAAUAAAUCAUGACAAGACGAGGAAACUUGAAUGUAGUGGAGGAGUUGUACAAUCAAAUUCCAGCAUUCACAGAUGUAUUCUCCGAAGAUAGUUUCUAUGUAUUUGUCGUGUUCUUUGUUAUGUCAACAAUUCUUGUUGCUUUCAUAUUAUCUCGAUUCAUUACAAUUAAGCCAGUAGACUAAUUACUAUUAUGUUAGACUGAAAUAAAGGAAUUAAUGAGAA